AUGUCACCAUAUGCGUUGGUGUUUGAGAAGGCGUGUCAUCUGCCGUUGGAAGUAGAGCAUAAGGCGUUGUGGGUAGUGAAGAAGCUUAACUUUGAUUUGAAGGCUGCAGGGGAGGAGAGAAAACUUCAGUUACUCAAGCUGGACGAAUGGAGACUACAGGGGUACGAAAAUGCAAAAAUAUACAAAGAACGUACGAAGCGUUGGCAUGACAAGCGACUGUGUGAAAAUAAUCUCCAGGUAGGUCAGAAGGUCUUACUGUUCAAUUCUAGGCUACGACUCUUUCUGGGAAAAUUGAAAUCGCGCUUGUCUGGACCAUUCAUAAUUAAAGAAGUAUUCUCGCACGGAGCGGUAGAAUUAACAAACAAAGAGGGGACCAAUGCAUUUAAGGUAAAUGGACAAAGAGUUAAGAUGUAUCAUGGAGGAGAUUUCCAACGCGAGAAAAUCUCCGUGCACUUGAGCAAGCCAAAAUGA